AUGACUGUUAUGGAAUCAAAAUUAUUGUUUUUACAUGGAUUUUUACAAAAUGGUAAGAUCUUUUCAGAAAAAUCUUCAGGUAUAAGAAAGUUGUUGAAGAAAGCAAGCAUUCAAUGUGACUACAUCGACGGUCCUGUUCAGUUAGAAAAGAAGGAUCUCCCAUUUGAGAUGGAUGAUGAGAGAUGGCAGGCAGUGUUGGACUCACAGACGAACAGAUCGUGGUUCUAUCACAGUGAAAUCUCCAAGGAAUUAGAUUUGACCGAAGCGAUUCAAACUGUGGUUAACCAUAUCAAGGAAAAUGGUCCAUACGAUGGUAUUGUUGGUUUUUCGCAAGGUGCAGCAUUAGCUAGUAUCAUCAACAAUAAAAUCACGGAGUUAAUUCCAUCCCAUCCAGAAUUCAAAACGAGCGUUAUCAUCUCUGGCUAUUCUUUCACAGAACCAGACCCGGAAAAUAAGAGCCAACUCGUCAUUGCUGAGAAAUUCAAGGAUUCAUUCACACCAAAAGCUGACAGCAAGACCAAAAUGAUCUUCAUCUAUGGUGCUUCCGAUGUCGCUGUCCCAAACGUAAGAUCCAAGUACUUGAAAGACAUUUACUCCGCUGCAGCCUCCAGCGAAGAAGACCCCAAGGAAAGAGUCAAAGCUUUCGAACAUCCAGGUGGCCAUAUGGUUCCUAACAAGAAGGAUUUCAUAAGACCAGUCGUAGAAGAAAUCACUUCUGCUUUGACUAACUGA